AUGUCAACGUUCAAUACUCUUCGUACUCAAAUAGUUGGGCUUGAAAACAAAACCGAAUCUCUUCUUGGUCAAUACUCCAAGCUUGAAGCAGAACCACAACCGUCAGAGUCAGAAAAUGAACUCCGUCAUCAAAUUGAGGUUUCCCUUUCCACAACAGAACAAGCGCUUUCAAAAUUAAAUUCCAUUCUGGAAAUUGAUAUCUCCCUUCCAUCUUCAAAACUCUCUCAAUUAUCCCGUCUUAAAGAUAACUACAAUUCACACGCACAAGCGUUCCAAAGAAUGACGGCUCAGAUCGAAGCAGAUAGAAAUCGUCAUAACCUUUUAUAUAACUUACAACUGGACCUCACGGCUCAUAAGAAUCGAGUGCAACAAAUUGAUACUCAAGAUUAUGCCUUAGAUGAACUGAUGCGUGCUGACAACGCCAAUUCACUUGCUGAUCGUUUGCUUCAACUGGCUUAUGCUACAAGGGAUGAACUUUAUCAUCAACGUCAAAUAUUGGCUGGUACUCAGUCCACUAUGUUAAAUGCAUUGCAGCAUGUUCCCGGUAUUAAUGUGUUGAUUUCCCGCAUCAACACCAGACGGAAAAGAGAUACCGUCGUCUUAGCCACCAUCAUUAGCAUUUGCAUCAUCUUAUUACUAUUCUUCUUAUAA